CUCUCUCUUCCCAUCCCUCUCUUGUCUGUCUCCUACUGGAUUCUCAUCCCGAGACAACCUAAUACACCCAAUUGAACCCUCCGGAGCUUCAUCACACAAUGUCCACCCGCAAGAGAAAGCAAGAAGAGGAAGAGGAGCUUGUCUCCCUCCCCGAUGACGACGGUGAAGAGGAAGAGGAGUAUGAAUCAGAGGAAGACGGAGAGGAGGGUGACGACGAUGUUGAGGAAGAGGAGGAGGAUGAGGAGGAAGAGGGUGAUGCUGAGGAAGACGCAGACGCCAACGGCGUAGACGAAUCCACAGAGAAAGCCCCUCCAUCGAAGAAGCGGAAGACCGAGACCGCUGCCACGGAUGACGCGGCCGACGCUGAAGAGGCCGCCGAUGAGGAAGAGGAAGCGGAAGACGAGCCCGAGGGCGAAGACAACGCUGAGGAGGAGGAGGAAGAGGAGGCCGAUGCUGAAGAGGAGGCUGCCAACGGCGUCGAGGAUGCUCCCGCCAAGGGCGAGGUCAAGGCUGUUGAGGCACCUGCCGCUACUAACGGCGAUGCCGCCAAGGCUGUUGCUGCCGGCGGUGAUGCCGAGGAGUAAAGUCGUCGUGUGUUCUAUAUAGCAGUACCAACUCCUACUUUAUCCAACUUCAUCAGUUCUUUUCGUGACCGAUCAUCUGUUCGACAAGUGAUUGAUUCGAGCAAGAUGGUACCAUUGGGUUCCUGCUUGAGUAGCGAUCCACCCGCGGCAUCGUACGAUGCACUCUCACCCGCCUUCUGUUAACAACAAUGUGAAGUCAAUCAUCGCCUUUCCAAUGCGAUGCAAACGCAAGCUGUUUUCGAGUUGCGCCAGAAUGCGACAUUCGC